AGCCAACGGCCCAAAUUCCUCUGCCAACUCACCCGUGCUCGAAUCCCAAAAUAUUACCAACAAAACCACCACCCUCCACUCCCGCUUCAAUUCCACCGCCAUUGCCUUCCUCCCCGAAACCGCACGACGACGAGGCUCUCCUGCCCUUAUCACCCACAUUCCGAGCCCUCUUCUCGUGCUGUUCCUCUCCUCCGCCUUCCUUCCGGUCCGGCGGUCCGGUUCUCCUUCCUUUCCAGGAUAUUAGGUUGCUUGGGUAAUAUUCAUCGUUGUGGUGUGGAAGCGCAGCAUAAUCGUUUAUUAUGGGCGCCAUGGAAAAUGCCAUAGUCAACAGAGAAGAUCGUAUUCCAGCAGAAGCUAGGGAGAUUCUACAAUCAUUGGCUUCCCAGUGGGAUGACGUGGUGGAUUCAAAGGCACUGCAGGUGAUCCCUCUCAAGGGUGCAAUGACAAAUGAGGUUUUUGAAAUAAAGUGGCCAUCAAGGACAGGGGAACUUUCACAUAAAGUUGUGGUUAGGAUUUAUGGUGAGGGUGUCGAGGUGUUCUUUGACAGGGAUAAUGAGAUCCGAACAUUUGAACACAUGUCAAAGAAUGGUCAGGGACCUCGUUUGCUUGGGCGUUUUCCAAAUGGCCGAAUUGAAGCGUUCAUCCACGCACGGACACUCUCAGCAUGUGAUCUACGUGAUCCAGAUACAUCUGCUCUUAUAGCUUCGAAAUUGAAGGAGUUCCAUGAACUUGAUAUGCCUGGUCCAAAGGUUGUCACCCUCUGGGAUAGAUUGCGAAAUUGGCUCAGUACGGCCAAGAGAUUGUGUACCCCAGAAGAAGCUAAUUCCUUUCAGCUGGAUUCUAUUGAAAACGAAAUCCCGUUACUGGAGAGGGAGCUCUCAGGGAUUCAUGAACGUAUGGGUUUUUGCCACAAUGAUUUACAGUAUGGUAACAUAAUGCUUGAGGAAAAGAGUAAAUCGAUAACCAUAAUUGAUUAUGAGUAUGCAAGUUAUAAUGCUGUACAAUUUGACAUAGCAAAUCAUUUCUGUGAGAUGGCAGCUGAAUAUCACACUGAUACACCUCAUAUUUUGGACUACAGCAAAUAUCCUGGUUUGGAGGAGCGUCGGCGGUUUGUUUGUUUGUACCUGAGUUCUUCAGGCAAUCAACCUACUCACAGCGAAGUGGAGCAGCUGGUUCAAGAUGUUGAGAACUAUACUCUUGCAAGCCAUCUUUUUUGGGGCUUAUGGGGAAUAAUAUCGGAACAUGUGAAUGAAAUUGACUUUGACUACAUGGAAUACGCAAGGCAGAGGUUUCAACAGUACUGGACAAGCAGGCCUAAGCUGUUGGGUUCCGUUGGAUCUCCUCCAGAUAUUGUAACUGAUGGCGAGCAAAAGGGAACUGAAAAAACAUUAGCUAAGCGGCCAAGUAUGUUGAAGAAGCUUAAGAAAUAUUUCAGCUUCACAAAGACGAAAACUUAGGUUUAGAGAUUUUCGCGACUAAGGGUGACAUCAGUUUCAGACCGGGGGAGGGCGUGGGGUGUGAAUUCGUGAGCGGAUUGCAUAAUGGGAUGAAGUGUGCGUACGGUGUAACAUGAGACUGGUGUGGCGACUGCAGAAAGUGGGAUUUGAGGUUGUAAACAAUCGAUCAUGUCUUCAUGUGAUCGAUCUAUGAAGACAUUAUCGAUCUGUCAUAAACGUCCUCUCGUAUAUUGGCAUUCGCAGACGUGUGGAUGCAACUUUUGGAGCCUCUGCAGUUCGAGUGGCCCUUUAUUAACAAGCGCGUAGACGUUAAUAUCGUUGAGAGUGCCGUCUUCUUCGAUGGAAUGCAGUGUUUGAUUAUGUACUGUUGGUUUCUAUUACAUAUAAUAUACGUAUUUCUUUUCUA